CCCCGCUCCAUUGCCCCGCCUCCCCUGUGCCCGUGGCCGCCCUCCUCCCUGCCAGCAUUGCCCCACUCUCCCGGGCCUUCGCUCUUCCUCCCAGCGCGACGAAGGCAACCACCCAUUCCCUUCCCUCCACCAUGACCGACUUCUGGGAUGGUUAUGACGCUUCCCCUGUGAAGGUGGAGCCAUAUGCCCUGCACGACAUGAAGUCCGCCGUGGACACUUUCAUCGCCGACUUUCUCGAAAAGUACCACGGCUUUUCGGAGAAGUCCCCCUCUGGCGAGACCGCCGGCUGGCUGCAGCGCGGCGACCGCCGCAUGGCCAUCAGCAUCAUCACCUGCCUAUUGGCCAUCGGCGCGGCGGCCUACUCGCACUUCUUCCCCGAGUCCUUCCGUUCGGACACCGGAAUCUUCCUUGCCAGUGGACUAUUCGUAGCCACGGUUCUCUUCGUUUGGGUAUACACCCGCAUCGAGGUGUCCUCUGGCAGCCACGGCUCUGUCAUUUUCUCCGGCUUCAAGACAGACAGCACGUCCAGCGAGCUUUACUCGGUCAAGGUGUCGAGCAGCGUGGCCCCCUUCCAGCCUCAGAUCACCCUCAGCUUCUCUGGAGUCAUCACCCGGUCCGGGACCGGGGCCCAGGAGACCCGCCCGGCAAAGACCCCAUCCAGGACCACCGCGACAGCCCCCUCGGUCAUCGAGGCCACAGCCACCCGGGAUCUGGCCAACUAUUUCGACGCCAAGGGGGCCCUGUGUGCCCGGCGUUUGGCGCAGGAUCUCGAUGACAUGGUUUCGCGCGUGCUCCUCCUGAAGGCCACCCCCUCCUCGUCGGCGUCGCCAGCCCGGAAAUAGGCCCAUCCCAUGCUUUUCCUCUGGCCCACCCAUACACCCCCCCCCCCCAUGCACACGCACACGCACGUGGCGGCCCUUCACUUGUCCUACGCACGCGCCUUCUCUUCAAAUAUACCCCAACACAGUG